AUGCAGCAGCAGCACUCCGCUUGUGCGCACCUCGCGCAGCUUGAGCCGGGCGAGUUCCAGCACAAGCGGCACCGCUUCACCUUCCCCACCCCUCGCGGCCUCGAUGAAGGGAAAGAGGGGGACAAGGAAGCAACAACGAUCAGCAAACAACAACAACAACAACGAGAAGAAGAAGAUGAAAGUAGAGCCCGGGGCAAGUACGCGCGUCGCGCGCAGCGGGUGGUGCAGACACCCGACAGCGAUCGCGACCCAGACGCCUGGGUGGUCCAGUGGGAGAAGACCCACCCCUACCGCAAGCUGAAGCCUCAACUCGAACAUGAAGAAGAAGAAGAGGGUGAAGGUGGAGCAGCAGCCAAGAAGAAGAAAGAAGAAGAAGAUGCGACGAAAACGAAAAAAGAGGAAGAGGAGGAGGAGAAGAAGGAAGAAGAGGAGACCAAGGAGAAGGAGAAGGAAAAGAUGAAGGAGGUGGUGGUGCAGGAUGGCCGCGGCAAGGGCCUCAUUCGGCUCACGGGCCAGCACCCGCUCAACGCCGAGCCGCCCGCCGGGAUGCUGGUCGAGCCCGGCCUCAUCACCCCCGCGCCCCUCCACUACGUGCGCAACCAUGGACCCGUACCGCGCCUCCACUGGGACACCCACCGCGUCGGCGUCUGCGGAAUGGUGGAGCGGCCGCACGAGUUUAGUAUGGAGGAGCUGUGCGGGCUGCCCACGUUCGAGAUCCCGGUCACGGUGGUCUGCGACGGCAACCGCCGGAAGGAGCUCAACACCAUCACCCGCUCCAAGGGCUUCGACUGGGGUCCGGGCGCCGUCGGCACCGCCGUGUGGCGCGGCGUCUCCCUGGCCCACGUCAUCCGGCGCUGCGGGGUCAAGCCGGGCGCCCGCUUCGUGUGCUUCGAGGGCGCCGACCAGCUCUUCCAGGGCAACUACGGCACCAGCAUUCCGUUGGCCGCGGCGAUGGAGGAGAACAACGACAUGAUGCUGGCCUUCGAGAUGAACGGGCAGCGUCUGCCUCCAGACCACGGGUACCCGGUGCGGGUGGUGCUGCCGGGCUACGUGGGCGGGCGCAUGGUAAAGUGGCUCUCCAAGAUCGAGAUCAGCGACGAGGAGUCCAAGAACUGGCACCACUACUUCGACAAUCGGGUGAUGCCGCCGGGCGUGGACUAUGGCAACGUGGACUCGGGCGGGUGGUGGUACAAGCCCGAGACGCUGCUCAACCACCUGAAUGUGAACUCGGUCAUCACCUCGCCCGGCCACGAAGAGUUCUUCCGCAUCCGCCACGGCCUCACCCGCUACACCAUGCGCGGCUACGCCUACGCGGGCGGCGGCCGCGAGGUGCGCCGGGUCGAGGUCACCCUCGACGGCGGCAACACGUGGAUCCAGUGCCAGCGCCACUACGCCAAGGACCACCUCCGCCACGGCAUCAACUCUUGGACGUGGUGCCACUGGUCGCUGGAGCUGGAGGCGUGGCGGCUGUUGAAGGCGGACGAGAUCGCGGUGCGGGCGGUGGACGCGCAACUCAACACCCAGCCCUCCGAUCCCACCUGGAACCUGCUCGGCAUGAUGAACAACUGCUGGUAUCGCAUCAGGAUCGAGGUGCAGGACGAGCCGACUAUUGGAUCGACGGCUUGCAUCUUCAAGCAUCCGGUGCAGCCGGGCAGCCUGGCGGGCGGGUGGAUGAUCCACUCGCGCGAUGAGCCGCACCCGCCGCGCGCCCCCGACAACGACGCCGCCAUGAACAAGCGGGUCGGGCGGCACAUCCCCACCAGCGAGAUUCGCAAGCAUGACAAAGAGGACGAUUGCUGGGUGGUGAUCGAUGGCCGCGUGUUCGAUAUGACGGAGUACCUGAAGGACCACCCCGGGGGAGCGUGUCCGGUGAUGCUGAAGGCCGGCGGCGACGCGUCGAGGGAGUACCACGACAUUCACGCGCGCGAUGCGGACGAGAUCAAGGAGUACUACUGCAUCGGCAUCGCCGUCGACGACCAGCUGCCGCCCGUCCAAGUCCCCUCUUCCCUGCGCGGUGCCCCCAGCAAAUGGUGCAGAGCGUUGGACCCGCGCAAGUGGAUUGACAUCACUCUGGUUCGCCGGGAGGAGAUCUCGCCCGACACGCGCAAGUUCCGCUUCGAGCUGCCGGGCGCGCGCGAGGGCGUCCAACUCGGGCUGCCGGUGGGGCUGCACGUCCUUUUGGGUGCCUACAUCGACGACCAGCUCAUCGUGCGGCCCUACACCCCCAUCGGCCCCGUCGUCGCCGACGAAGACCCGGGUUACGUGGAGUUCGUGAUCAAGAUCUACUUCAGCAACAAGAGCAGAGCGUUCCCUAAGGGCGGACUGAUGACGCAGCACAUUGAGUCCCUCAAGGUGGGCGACAAGCUCAAGAUGAAGGGACCCGCUGGCCACGUCAUCUACCACGGCCGAGGCCGGAUCGCAGUGAAUGCCAAGCCGAUGCAGGUCAAGCAGAUCUCGAUGGUGGCCGGCGGCACUGGCAUCACGCCCAUGUACCAGCUCGCCCGCGCCAUCUGCAAGGACAUUCUGCUGCGGCGCGAGCUGGACGAACUGGCUCGCGACCAUCCCCAAUUCCAAGUGUGGUACACCGUGGACCAGCCGCCUCCCCAAGGCACGUGGCGCUACUCUGUGGGCCAUGUGGUCGAGCACAUGCUGAGAACGCAGCUGUUCCCGGCGUGUCGGGACGCCCUCACGCUGUUGUGUGGGCCGCCGGCCAUGGUCGAGCUCGCCCUCAUUCCCGGCCUCGAGUCGCUCGGCUACACCGCCGACGACCUCUUUGAGUUUUGA